AUGGAUUGUUAUCAAGAUCAAGUUGAUAUGAUUACUGUUUAUAUUGAAGAAGCUCACGUAGCGGAUGAAUGGCCAAUGGGUAGUCGAAUAUCGGAAUAUCGAGUUAGUCUAUUAUUAAUUGAUUCAGUAUCAGAAAAUAAUCCAUUUAGUCAAGUUUAUAGUCCAUGGCCGAUUCGAUUUUAUGUUAUUGAUCAUAUGAAUAAAUUAAGUUAUAUUGCUCAACCAAUUCAAGGUUCAUUUUCAUUAGAAUUGAUUAAAAAUGCAUUAGAUCAAGCUAUUCAAAAAUGUCAAUAA